UGUGAUGCUGAUGCUCAUUCUCAUUGAUCAGCGGUAAACAAGAUGGCUGUUUCAUUUUAAUGAUGUUUAGUGCUGAAUUGUCAGCAUUUUUUGAGGAAAGUGAAUAAGUUUACCAUUUUAAGAAUAUCUUAAGUUAAGAUAAUUUGUUAACACUACCCCUGCCAGACCUUUAAUUUGAAAACGAAGUUAUAGGUAAAUAUAGCGAGAAUAGAGGAGAUUUCUGCAAAAUAUCCAGAUUGUUAGAGGUUAACUAUGUCUUGGCCAACUUGGUCGGCAUCCUCCGCCCCUAUACCCACUGCUAUGGCAGCUCCAGUACAAUCAAGUUUAAUACAGACUCCAAUUAAUACUGCUCCCGCAGUUAUGCCUCCUGGAUUAGCCCAGUAUAGUCCCGAACAAUGGGCACAAGCACAGCAACAAAAUUGGCAACAAUGGGCACAGUGGCAACAGCAAUAUCAACAAUGGCACCAACAGUAUGGGGCUGAGUACCAAAAAUCUAUAAGUGCUCUCCAGGGAUUAACUACUACACAACAGCCCCCAUUACCAACGAUGCCGAACACAGGAGUUCCUCCGCCACUGCCAGCAGAACCUAAACCACCGUUACCACCGGAGGAUCCGCCGGCAAAUCAACCAUCUGCAAUAGCUUCUUAUUCAACUAUGCCUCCUAAAGUGGGUAAUGCGGGUUAUUCUACCACUGCACCUCCUCCUGUAGGUGCUCAACAAAUGCAAAUGCCUUCCCAAUCUGCCGAGCAAUACAAUCAGAGACAAGCAUGGCAAUCUAAUUCAAACAAAAGAUCUUAUCCGCAGGGUUUUGAAAAUGAACAAAAUAAAAGACCUUUAUUGGAUAGAUCAAAACAGUGGGGCAACCAGAAAUCAAACCUAAAUCAAUGGACAAGUCAACCUCCACCAAAUGUGUCCUAUAAUCAGCCACCUCCGCAAACACAACCUGCUCCUAAACCUAAUAUAGAAGAACUUUCUGAAGCUGAGAAGAAAUUUGAUAAGGAGUUUGCUGCUUGGGAGGCUCAGUUUAAUAAAUGGAAAGAUCAAAAUGCCAACCAUCCCGAUAAAACUCAGUACUUGGAAUACGAAAAGAAGUGGGAAUCUUGGCGGAAUUCUUUAUUGGAGCGACGUGAACAAAUGAGAAGGAAAAGAUUGGCUUUGAGUGGUGCCUCUAUUGGAGUUCAUAAACCUGGCUAUACACAAGUGUCCAAUGUUCAACAGCCUGUUGUAGAUACAACAACUCGUCCUCCUGUUGCACCAGUUAAACCUCCUAUUGAGUCUCCUAUCAGACAGCAAGAAACUACCCCUGAUUUGACUAAUAAUCCUCCAAAUUUAUCAAACAAACCUCUUCCACAUCAAAAUAAUGAACCUUUAAAUUUCAAGCAUUCUCCUCAAAUGCCACCUGAUGAAAUUCGUGAAGAUUUCCUGAAACCCUCUUUUUCUUCCAGUGGUGGAAUACCUGGAUUAGAUUUGGUCAAAGAUGACGGAAAUGAACCUCAAAAGGAAGAUAUCGUAGAUAUUGAUAAAGAAAAAACUGAGAAAGAGGGUUCAACAAAAGGGCCAGAUUUUGAUGCAAUCUCAAAAGGAAUCAAUUCCAUAUUAGGUGACCAAAAACUUUUAAGUAUGCUGUCAAUGGUAUCUCAAAAUCCACCAUCUGCUCCUGGACCAAAUACCGCCACUAACUCAACGUCAAAUAUUGUCCCUGGAUAUCCUCUAGAACAUAACUUUAGUGCCCCACCUCCACCGCAUCAAUUUACUGAAGCACCUCCUUGUGGUAAUUUUAACGCUCCUCCACCAACAUAUCAGCAUAAUGAGGGACCUCAUCUAACUUUGCCCCCUUGUAAUGACCAGUCAAAUCAAAGCUACGAUGAGAGAUCCAGUCACGGUGAAAAUUAUCAACAACGGGAGUCGGUAAAUAAUUUUGAUGAUCAAACUCGUAGCAGCUUCACGAUGGGGACUGGUGACCAAGAUGUAGGAUAUGGUACAAAUAACUUUGGUAGAGGUCAGUUGAAUAAACCUCCUCCUAAUAGAUUCCUUGGAGUACCACCAUCAGAGAAUGACCGAGGAGUUCUAAAACCUGGCUUUGGCCCCGGUACAGUUAGAACUAAUGAUCCUGGUUUUAACUUAACUAUGCCCAAUAAGAGAAAUCAGUUCGGUCCAAAUGACCCUGGUUUUAAUCCAAAUAUGAUGGACAACCGAAAUAGAUUGGAUCCAGGUGAACCUGGUUUUAAUCCAAACAUGUCUGACAACCGUAAUAGGUUAGGCCCAAACUCUACUUUCGGGGGAAAUAUGUCGGAUAGUAGAAACAAAUUUGGUUCUAAGGAUCCUAGUUUUGGUAUAAGUUUGUCUGAAAAUAGAAAUAAAUUUGGCCCUCUUCGACCAGAUAAUGGAGCAGCAAAUUUCUCCAAAAAUCCCAAUUUGUAUAAUCAAGGUGAAAAUUUUAAACGCAACGACUUUAACAGAGGAAAUAACUUUCAUAAUGAAAGUUUUAAUCGCGGUAACCUUAACACCAGGCAAGAUAAUUUUUCUAAAGAAAAUAAUUUUAAAUACGGUGGCAAUUCUUCUAACAAUUUGAGAUCUAAUAACUUUGGAAGUGGUAAUAAUUUUGAUGAUAGACGAGGUAACUUCGGUAAUGACUUUAAUAGAUCAGGCGGUUUCAAUGAACAAAACAGAUAUGAUGAAGAUUUUGCUAAGGACACCUAUGAUCAGGGAGACUAUAAUGAUUUUGAAAAUUAUAAUGAAGACGAAGAUUAUGAAAAGUAUCAUGAGAUGUUUAACGAUGAUGAUGAAAAUCCAGAUCUUCCACGUCAUAGCCAACAGCAAGGACAAGGUAACCAACCCGCGCAAAGACCGCAACCGCCGCGCCUAAUGGAUAUACCUACAGAACCUCCAAAGCCUGUUCCUGAGGAGGAACCAAUUUUUGAACCUGCCACUGUGAUAGAUUACGAACAUAAAUCGCAGAGAACAACCGAACCGGAUGUUGUUAUCGAGCCUAUCCACAUGUUUGAUUAUCGUCACAAGCCUCUAAACCGAAUCCCUGUACCUCAGAGACCUAAAUGGUUAUCUGAAUCUGUGAAAUUUAUUCGAGAAUUUGACCCUUUAGCUUCUAGAGGGCCUUUGAACUUGGAAAGGUCCGCACCAGAUAGAUAUCCAGGAAAUUCCAGGGAGAUACGUCGAGAAGAACGACAAUCAGAUAUUUUAGAUGAUUGCUUUAACACACACAAUAGACUUUAUGAAGAUAGAGGCAGGAGGUUUGCAAAUGAGUUUGAAAGUCGUAGCAGAAGGGAAAGAAGGUCUUUUAGUAAAGAAAAUGAUCGUUUUGAAAGAAAUCUGAAAGGAACAGAUGAUGGCUAUGCAAGAAGAGAGAAAAGACCGUUUAAUAAAGACGAAGACAUCUUUGAUAGAGAGCCAAAAGGGGACGUUAGGAAUAGAUAUGAUGAUGACAGGUAUAAUUCAAAAAGGAACGAUUCCAAGCAAAUUAGUAGUAAAGAGUUUGAGGAAUUCUCUGAUGAGGAAAUGAAUUUUGAAAGCACCGAAUUGCAGAAACACCAACAAAGCCGUGAGAUGAGAGGCAGAAGUAGAAGUCCCAUCUUAAGCAACCCACCCAAUCCUGCUAAUUUCAAUGAAAUUACAAUGAUAGAAGAUAUAAUUAACUCACCGGGACGUUUUCAUCGACCGCCACGUAUUGUCAUCAUUUUAAGAGGGCCUCCCGGUAGCGGGAAAACCUAUUUAGCGAAACUUAUAAAGGACAAGGAGGUUGAAAAUGGGGGAUCUGCUCCAAGAAUUUUAUCACUGGAUGAUUAUUUCAUGGUUGAACAUGAAAAAGAAGUGAUCGAAGAUGGUAAAAAGGUUAAAGUGAAAGAGAUGGUGUAUGAGUAUGAAGCAGAAAUGGAGGAAUCUUACAGACAGUCUUUCAUAAAAUCAUUUAAGAAAACAAUAACGGACGGUUAUUUCCCUUUCAUUAUAGUCGAUAACAUAAAUGACAAAGUAAAGUAUUUCGGAGAGAUGUGGAGUUUCGCAAAACAAAACGGUUUUCAGGUGUACAUAUGUCAGUUGGAUCUGGAUCCUACGUUGUGUACAAAACGUAAUAUCCACAAUAGAAACGAAGCGGAAAUCGAGGAGUGCAUAGCGGGAUGGGAACCAACUCCAAAUCAUCAUCCAACAAUAGACGCAUCCGGAUUUUUACAGUCUGCUAUAACAGAUGUGGAAAUGGAAGAAGUAGAACAGCCGGUGGUGGAGACUAAAGUUGAAGAGGUCCCUGAGGAUGACAUGAGAAGCAAAUGGGACACAUUCGACUGUUCUAUUAAUAAUCUCGCCAAGCUCGAUGGAGUCAGCAAACCUUUGCGACCGUCCCGAACCAUGGAAGAGUACCUUCAAGUGGAAGACGACUGGGAACCCACUAAACCAACAAAACAAGGCCAGAAGAGGGUUCGGUGGGCCGAUUUGGAGGAACAGAGGGAACAGAAGAAGAUGAGGGCAAUUGGGUUCAUUGUGGGUCACACAAACUGGGAUAGAAUGAUGGACCCCACUGGAGGAGGUAGUGCUUUGACUCGAACAAAGUACAUAUAGAGUUAAUAAUUAUUAACUGUAUUUUCGUGACUUGUUUUAAUCACGUAUAUGUAAUAGUUACAUAAGUUUCCGUAUUUAUAUGUAGGAACAUAUUUAAGUAAUAAAAAGGAUUAGUUUUUUUA